AUGCCACGGAAAAUUAGUCGGCCGUCAGGAAGCCCUGUCAUGCAAUGGCCGUUACAUAAUGAUGGAAUUAAUUCCGUGGUUGAAUGGGAUCAUUACAGUUACAUUAUCAAUGGGCAUCGUCUCUAUAUUUGGUCUGGAGAGAUGCACUACUGGAGGGCUCCUGUUCCUGAGAUGUGGAUUGAUAUACUCCAGAAAAUCAAGGCAGCGGGGUACAUUGACCCAGACAAUUGCGUGAUGUUACGAGGGUACCACAGCGCGAAAGAGGGGCUUCUGGAUUUCGAGUCCGGGGCACAUAAUUUCACUAAGCUCUUUGAUCUUGCAAAACAAGUCGGCUUGUACAUUCUAUUCCGUCCAGGGCCAUACGUGAAUGCAGAAGCUACUGCAGGAGGGUUUCCUGGGUGGUUGACAACUGGAGCUUACGGCACUUUGAGGAACAAUGACACCCGAUACACCGAAGCUUGGACUCCAUAUUUCACGAAGAUGUCCGAAAUCGUUGCACAGCAUCAGGUCAGCAACGGUGGCAAUGUUUUCAUCUACCAGAUCGAGAACGAGUAUGGUGAUCAGUGGAAAAACGUGGCGGCAAAGACCCCGAAUCCUUCGGCAAUCAGUUAUAUGGAACUGCUGGAGAGUUGUGCAAGGAACGCUGGAAUUGAUGUUCCCCUGAUCCACAAUAACCCAAACAUGAACACUAAGUCUUGGUCGAAGGAUUACGGAGCCGGAGUAGGCGGAGACGUUGAUAUCUACGGUCUUGAUUCUUACCCAUCAUGCUGGAGUUGCAACCUCUCAGAGUGUACCGGCACGAAUGGUGCCUACGUUGACUUUCAAGUCUCCGAAUACUAUACCAAUUUUCUUCAAGUCUCUCCAACACAGCCAUCCUUCCUAGCUGAAUUCCAAGGUGGUUCGUAUAAUCCCUGGGGUGGCCCUGAAGGGGGUUGCAUUAAUACUACUGGUCCUGAUUGGGUGAAUGUAUAUUACAGGCACAAUGUUGCUCAGAAAGUGACAGCUAUGAAUAUCUAUAUGCUGUUUGUGGGAUUUCCUUUCCAUCUCGUGGGCUCUGGUACUAAUCAGCGUACAGGCGAGAGCAGAGUCAUUGGCGAUAAAUAUCAAGAGACCAAGAUCUUUGCCCAAUUCCUCCGUGUUGCCAGGGAUUUAGCUAAGGUUGACUUGAUUGGUAAUGGCACUCAGUACGCCUCGACACCAGCUAUCUAUGCUACCGAACUCCGCAACCCGGACACAAAUGGAGCAUUUUAUAUCACGAUCCACACUUCAUCACCAUCGACCGACCUCACGCCAUUCAAGUUGUACGUCUCAACGUCAGUGGGAAAUUUGACCAUACCUCAGCGAGCUAGCGAUGUCGUUCUCAAUGGUCGAGAAUCGAAGAUUAUUGUUACGGAUUUCGGUGUUGGGAAUAAAACCUUGAUCUACUCGACUGCAGAGGUAUUCACAGUUUCCACUCAAGACAACCUGCCUCUUGUUUUCCUAUGGCUUCCCGCAGGAGAGAGUGGAGAGUUCCUCUUCAGUGGCGUUAGUUCGAGCUCGCUUCUCAAAAGUGCUGGAUGCUCCAACGUUCAGUCAACGAAGUCAAACGGAGGUCUUCUUGUCUCAUACACACAAUUAGUAGGAUCUUGUGCCGUCAAGUUCGACAAUGGGUAUCGGUUUGUUCUCAUCGAUAGAUCAACUGCUUAUGCCACCUGGGUGCCAUCGACAUCGACUGAUCCAUAUACCCCUGAAAAUUCAACAGUUAUUGUUCAAGGGCCUUAUCUCGUCCGGAGUGCAUCUAUCGCACACGAGACUGUCGACCUUACGGGCGACUGGUCGAAUGCCACCGGACUCGAAAUCUUUGCUCCAUCCUCAGUUUCUCGUGUUCGAUUCAACGGCGAACAGCUUCACAUCACUAAGUCGUCUUAUGGAAGUCUCGUUGGGAAGUUGGGAGACAGCAGUCAUACAAUUCCGUCGAUCCAAGCUCAACUUCCUCCUCUCAAAAAGUGGAAAGUGAACGAUGGCUUGCCGGAGCGAAAUCCGACUUAUGAUGACUCGCGAUGGGUUGUCGCCAAUCAUACCAGUACCCCCAAUCCAACGCCUCCAGCCACAUACCCAGUUCUUUAUGCAGACGAAUACGGCUUUCAUACAGGGAACCUCCUCUGGCGUGGUCGUUUCUCAGGCACAAAAGCAACCGGCGUCUCCCUCGCAGUAAUCGGUGGGACCUCCAGCGGCUACUCUGCCUUCCUAAACGGCAUCUACAUUGGCUCCUUCCUCGGUUCAACCUCCAUCACAAACGGGACCCUCACCCUCUCCUUCUCCAACGCCACUCUCUCAUAUACCAACGUCCUCUUCAUAAUCCAAGACCAUACCGGCCACGACGAAACCAGUGGUGUUAACAACCCCCGCGGUAUCUACAAUGCGACUCUCCUGGGUCCUAUCUCCACUAAUUCCUCUCUCUCUUUUGAUUCAUGGAAACUAGCAGGCACAGCAGGCGGCGAAACAAACAUCGAUCCUGUUCGUGGGCCGUAUAAUGAAGGUGGCCUCCACGCUGAGAGGAUGGGGUGGCACUUGCCUGGUUUCAAUGAUCGUGCUUGGUCUUCCUCCGCCCCUGAAGUUGGCCUGAGUGAAGCCGGGGCGAAGUUUUAUAGGAGUGUGGUGAAGUUGGAUGUGCCAAAGGGGGUAGACGUUAGUUUGGGUUUUGUGUUGGGGAGUAAAGAAGGGAGCAAGGUUAGGGCACAGCUUUAUGUUAAUGGGUAUAUGUUUGGGAAGUUUGUGCCGUGGAUUGGGAAUCAAGUUGUUUUUCCUGUGUUUCCAGGAAUCUUGGAUUAUCAUGGGGACAACACAAUAGGCCUCAGUAUCUGGGCUCAAGACGCAGCAGGAGGGAGUGUGAGCAUUGACUGGACUGUUCUCGGGGUCGUGAACUCAGCUUUUGACCCCGGAUUUGAAGCGAGGGAGUUGAGGCCGGGGUGGAGCGAUCGAUCUGCUUAUUACUGA